AGAAGCCCAUUCAAACAAAAAACAACCAUCAUCUUGUGCUCUGACGGCGUCAAUUCUUUAAAAAAGAACCAAGACCGGGCAGAAAAUGGACUGAACGUGCCCGUAAUAUUCUCUCCCUCUGGCCCAAAUCCGAAGCGUUGCGUUUUCGGGAGAGAUGACUUCCUGAUUAUGAAAGCGCCUCGGUGGACUUGGCUCCUCGCUGACUUUCUGUGGCCUUGGGUUAACCGCCCGUAGAAAGCAGAAGUGGUCUGUGGAUCCACGAAACAGUGCCUGGAGUAAAGAUGAAACUAAAUUUGGACAGAAGAUGCUGGAAAAGAUGGGCUGGUCCAAAGGAAAGGGUCUUGGUGCUCAGGAGCAAGGAAAUACAGAACACAUCAAGGUUCAUGUGAAAAACAACAUGCUGGGGUUAGGAGCAUCCAUCAAUCACGAGGACAACUGGAUUGCUCAUCAGGAUGACUUCAACCAGCUUCUGGCUGAACUGAACGAUUGCCACGGACAGGGUGAAACAGAGUCCUCAGUGACUAAUCAGAAGACGACGUUUAGUCUUGAGGAAAAAUCCAAAUCCUCCAAGAAACGUGUCCAUUAUAUGAAGUUUGCAAAAGGUAAGGAUCUCUCUUCGCGCAGUGAAGAUGAUCUGUCCUGCAUAUUUGGGAAGCGACAGAAGGCUACGAAGAUGCAGGAGGACGCCACCGAUCCCGAGUCUCAGGAGGAGAAGCAGAGAGACCCCUGGCUGUCUGAGCCUGCAGACGGUCCCAAUACAGUGAAGAGCGGUCUCACUGUGCAGGAAUAUUUUGCCAAGCGCAUGGCAAAAUUGAAGGGAUCCCGGAAAGAAACGGAAACAAAGUCAGAUGAUUGCUGCCCGGCCACAGAAGAAGCCUUGGAGCUUUCAGAAGAAUUGAAAACCAAAGCCAAGAAGAAAAAGAAGCAGCAGAAGAGCGAUGAGGCAGAGGGUACAGGACAUUGUGAGAAACCAAAAGCAAAAAAGUCUAAGAUGAGUAGCUUGAAUGGAAAUGAACUGGAUGCUCCUUUAAAAGAAUGUCACUCAGGGAAAAAGAAAAGGAAGCAUAAAGAGGAGCACGAAGAGGAAAGCGUUAGUAAUGAUGAAAAUAUGGGCAGUGGAGAAGUUUACACGGAAAUAUCUGAUGGGGAAGAGCUCUGCACAGAGGACUCGGAGACAAAGCAAAAGAAACGCCAUAAGAAGAAGCACAAAAAGCAAAAAGAGGAGGCAGGUGAUGAUACUGAAGGAACGCAGAGAAAGAAAAAGAAGCACUGCAAGUCGCUUUAACCAUUUAAGAGUCAAGCUGGGACUUUGAGGUGGUUUGAACUUUGUCACAUUGGAUGAGAAGCCUACGCAAACGCCAGCCAAACAUCAGACAGUAAUUCAGCCUUGAGUACACUUGAGCUCCUCAUCCAACUGAAACCACAGAUUGUAUUUAAAUAGAGCUCUUACAAGGGGGCUGAGAACGUGGUGACAGGCCAACACGAGCUUCGGUGCCAUGCUGAAAAGGUAUCCAGCUACAGGGCCAAGGCUUGCACAUCUACUUGCGCUUCACCUUAGGGGCUGUGCAGGAGCUGUGCUUUAACACAGCGGAGCCUACACCUUCAGCCCACGUUCACCCCGGUGUGACUCCACUCACAACCCAUAACAGCAAGCAGAAUCAGGGCUGGUUUUAACCACAGUGGUCAGGACUGUGAAAGCCAGUAAAUUGCUAUCUGCUGGUUCACACUGGCUGCGUUUUCUCAGUUCGGGGAGAUGAAAACCAAAAAAAGUCAUCCUAUUGCUGCCUUUAUUAUUAAAGCCACCAUUGUUUUCACUUGUGAUUGCUUCUGGAAACAGGAGGGGGUUUGCAAAGCUGUAUGUAUUUCUUUUCAUUGAUUUUUUGCAAAGUCGUAUGUAAUUUUUUCAUUGCUCUCCAUUUACGUAUAAAAUGAACAUUUGUUUUUUCCCAGAAUGCUUAGUCUUUAAUUAAAAGAUGACCCCUGAUUGUCAGUACUGAAGAAUGAAAUAAAAUAACUCCGUGUUCCCUGGCCA